AUGAACAGAUCAGGAGGAGAAGCAUUCGCUCGAUUGGCGCAACAACUCAACAGGGCGAGGAUGCAGGCUAGCGGCGGGGGCGGUAGAGGUGCAGGAGGAGGUGGUCAGUUCCCGGGUGGACCCAAGGGUUUCUUAGCUGGAGGUGGAGCUAUAGGAGUCUUACUUGCCGGUGGUAUAGCUUUGAACUAUAGUAUCUUUAAUGUCGAUGGUGGUCAUCGAGCGAUCAAAUAUUCUAGAGUACAAGGUGUAAGACCCGAUAUCUAUCCCGAAGGUACACAUCUGGUGCUACCAUGGUUUGAAUCUCCCAUCAUAUACGAUGUCAGAGCCAAGCCCAGGAAUAUCGCUUCUUUGACUGGUACCAAGGAUUUACAGAUGGUCAACAUCACUUGUAGAGUGUUGUCACGACCAUCGGUUAACGAUCUUCCCACCAUCUAUCGAGAACUCGGAACAGAUUACGACGAGCGAGUCCUCCCCUCGAUCGUCAACGAAGUCCUCAAAUCUGUUGUCGCGCAAUUCAACGCAUCUCAACUGAUCACCCAACGAGAAAUGGUCUCUCGACUCGUCCGAGAGAAUCUCACUCGUAGAGCAAGGCGAUUCAACCUUAUCUUAGACGACGUAUCGAUCACCCAUGUUGCCUUCUCCCCUGAAUUUACCCAUGCCGUAGAAGCCAAGCAGGUUGCUCAACAGAUUGCUCAACGAGCUGCGUUCUUGGUAGAUCAAGCUAUUCAGGAGAAACAAUCUAUAAUUGUUAGAGCUCAGGGUGAAGCUCGAUCCGCUGAACUGAUCGGUGAAGCAGUAAGAACGAAUAAAGGUUUCUUACAACUUAGAAGACUCGAAGCUGCCCGAGAAAUCGCUGGAACCCUCGCGCAGAGUGGGAACAAGGUUAUGUUGGAUGCUAAGAGCUUGUUGUUGAAUGUCGCCGACGAAGAUGUGAUCAACUCUACAACUAAGAAAUAA